AUGCAGCAUUUAUUAUGCAGAGAAACUUUUGCAGUUUUAUUACAAAUAUCUGCAUUAAAUACUUCAACUCAGGUUACAACAGCUAUUUCACCUGAGCUGCAAGAACUAAUCUCUACAUGUGCAGAUGUUUUCAAGACUCCCACAUCUCUACCUCCUGAAAGAUUGCAGGAUCAUCGUAUUUAUUUAACUCCAGAUUCUGCACCUGUCAAUGUAAGACCAUAUCGAUAUCCACACUUUCAAAAAGAUAAGAUUAAAAAGAUAGUGUAUGAGUUACAACAUGCUGGUUUGAUACGACCUAGUUCUAGUCCUUACUCUUCUCCAAUUUUGAUUGUGCGUAAGAAGGAUGGUUCUUGGCGUAUGUGUGUGGAUUACAGAGCUUUAAAUAAGCUAAGUAUGAAGGAUUGUAUUCCAAUACCAAUGGUGGAUGAGUUGUUGGAUGAAUUACAUGGUGCAAGUCUAUAUGUCAAGGAGUCUAAAUGCACUUUUGCACAACAUUCAGUUAAAUAUCUAGGCCACGUAAUUUCUUCUGAAGGAGUUUCAGUUGACCAGGAUAAAGUUCAAUGCAUAUUAUCUUGGCCUAUUCCUACUACAAUCAAAGACUUACGAGGUUUUUUGGGUUUAACCGGAUACUAUCAUAAGUUUGCUAAGGAUUUUGGUAAGCUUAGUGCACCACUAACUCAGCUACUGAAGAAAGAUGCAUUUUCCUGGAAUGACAAUGUCACUGCUGCAUUCAAAUUGCUUCAAAAGGCUCUCACUACAACACCGAUUUUAAUACUUCCAGAUUUCUCAAAGGAAUUUUCUCUUGAGUACGAUGUAUUUGGCGAUGGGUUAGGAGCUCAGAAGUUGUUAUCGAAAUUAUUGGGUUAUGAUUGUGAGAUUAUUUUUCGCCAAGGCAAAGAAAAUGUUGCAGCUGAUGCUUUGUCUCGUAACACAGGCUCUAACUUUAGCCUUACUGCACCAAUUUUUUCUGGAGUUACUGAGAUAAUCCAAGAAUUUCAUAACGAUGCUGAGCUAAGUAUUCUUAUUCAACAACUCAUUGAUGCCCCAACUUGCAAACUCAAUUUUUCUUAUGUUAAUGGAGUUUUACGAUACAAGGGACGUAUGAAACGAUCAGUCAAAGACUUUAUUGCUCAGUGUGAUGUGUGUCAACGAAAUAAAGCUGAAGCUAUAACUCCACCAGGAUUAUUGAAUCCUCUUCCUAUACCUGCUGAUGUGUGGAUAGACAUAUCAAUGGAAUUUAUUGAUGGAUUUCCAUCAUCUGAUCGUAAGAGUUCCAUUCUGGUGGUAGUGGAUUGUUUAACCAAGUAUGCACGCUUUAUAGCUCUCACACAUCCUUCUUCUGCUAGCUCUAUUGCGGAGAUAUUUGUACGAGAGAUUGUUCGUCUUCAUGGGAUGCAAAGAAGCAUAGUCAGCGAUCGAGAUCCCAUUUUCAUGAGCAACUUUUGGGAUGCUUAUUUUACUCUGCAGAAUACCAAACUCUGUCGUAGCUCAGCAUAUCAUCCUCAGUAUGAUGGACAAACAAAGGCAAGGGAUCACACCCUCAAACUACUGAUAUCCCAUUUACAUGAUGCUCAAGCUAGAGUGAAAGCAUACAUUGAUGCUCAUCGUACAGAAAGAGAAUUUUCUAUAGGUGAUUGGGUUUAUCUUCGUUUACAACCAUAUAGACAGAGAACAAUAACUAAUCAAUCGUUCUCAAAACUUUCUCCAAGAUUUUAUGGUCCUUUUCGUGUUCUUGAAUGGGUAGGAUCCGUAGCAUAUAAGUUGGAACUACCUGCAGCAAGUCGUAUUCAUCCCGUGUUUCAUGUUUCUCUAUUGAAACUGAAGAUAGGAUCAACUAUCUCUGUUGAGCAAGUUUUACCUUCUAUCAUUGAUUAUGAUAAGAGGGGACCAGAAUCUGUACUAGAGCGCAAGUUGUUCAAAAAGGGUUCAUAUGCAGGGACUAAAUGGUUAGUCAAAUGGAUGGAUCAUCCACAAGAAGAAGCCACUUGGGAAGAUGCAGAUGAGUUACUUCUUCGUUUCCCAGCAUUUGAGGCUUGA